UCAGUUCGCAGUUGUUGCGUCAAGUCACACCUAUGGCUCUCCUCUCUGGCUGGAGUUGAAUUCAUGAGUUGUGAGUUCAGUCAGCAGUUGUUGCGUCUAGUGACUGAUUGAGUGCGCGAUGGCGUUUGCCCGCUUCAGAUGUCGUUGGCUGCAGCUGGUAGGCUGCCUCAGCACCGGCGUUUUUUUGGCGGUCGCUAUCUCUGUCGGCGCGCAGGAUCCAUCUGUCGUAUUGCGUCAGGGUCCUCUUAGAGGGAUCAAAAUCUAUACAGAGUCGAGAACCAGUAUAAUUGCAUAUUUGGGAAUUCCGUACGCAAAGCCACCAGUUGGUGAGUUGAGGUUUAUGGCUCCAGAGCGUCAUGAAGGCUGGGACAGAGUUCUAUUCGCUGCGAGUUUCGCUCCAGCUUGCUCGCAACCGGUGCAACAGCUCAUGCCCAACCUGGCUCCUGUCUCUCAACAGGAUGAAGACUGCCUUUAUCUCAAUAUUUGGACGACUGAGAUAGCUUUGAACUAUCGCAAUGCUCCCGUAGUAGUUUUCCUAGAAGGAGAGGGCUUCAUUUCUGGCUCUCCGAACCGAUUUCCCGGACAAGACUUGGCAGCAGAGGGAGUGGUCGUUGUCUCUGUUGGCUACAGGAUGAAUGUUUUCGGUUUCUUGUGCUUGGAGGACACCGAGGUGAGAGGUAAUAUGGGUCUGCUGGACCAGUACUUGGCACUGCUGUGGGUGAGGGAGAACAUAGACAAGUUCGGUGGAGACAGCCGCAGCGUCACACUCAUGGGCCACUCGGCAGGGGCCGCCAGUGUCCUCUUCCACAUGAUCUCCCCUCGCACUACUGGUCUCUUCCAUCGAGCCAUCCUAAUGUCAGGAAGUAUCACAUCACCGUGGGCGCACUCCCAAAACCCAAGUAAUGCGUCUCGAGCCAUCGCCCGCAGUCUCGGCUGUCACACUAGUAACAAUUCAAAGGUUAUAGUAACUUGCCUUCGAAAUAAAUCGACAUCAGAAAUACUUAGGGCGUAUGAGGCGCAGUAUAUGAAUGGAAAUUGGAGUUUCCUAGCACUGCCGGUUAUCGACUCAUUCCUUCCAGAGAUCGAACAGUAUCUGCCAAAACAACCAGAAGAGGCUCUGGCGUCCGGAUUAUUCUUGAAAGUUCCAAUUCUAACAGGAAUAACUAGUCAUGAAGGAAGCAUCGCUGUAUCUCAACUGGGUGAUUUGCUAUCUCAAGGCUACUCACAGAUGAAACAGUUCAUAGUGUCAUCAGUGAUACCGUCCAUCCUGAAUCGCUACGGAUUCACCAACCAUCAUACGUUUCCCACGGUUGCUGCUCUUCUGGAAUGGCAGUAUGUGGACAGCGCCCCCACUGGAGAUUCCAACGCUCUUUUGUCCCAACUUUUAGAUAUGUACUCUGACGCUCAAUUCAAAGCACCCCAUGAGAAACAACUGAAACUGCUUUCUCAUUCCGUCUCUGAUCAAGUGAAUUUUGUUUAUGCCUAUCGAUUUGAACAACAAGGCGUGGAUAUGUAUGCUAAAACACUGAAUGUCUCAGGUGAGGUCUCAAUAUAAUUUCAAUUUCUAUCUAGGCCUGCUUCAGUGAAUUCCAUAUUCCAUCUGUUCUAUAUAAAAACUAGACCCAUAUUAGUGCUGAUAAUACGACAGCUUGGAAUUGAAUUAAUAUUUUCUGGUUCUAUUUUUAGAAAUCUAAGCCCCAGUCCGUAUGGUUACGGUGUAACUUGGCGGCGUUACACUCCUGAGGAAGGAAAUUACAUAAUUCUGAAAACUGACAGCACACAGCCUCCCCAGCAGCCGGUGCUGUGGGCCCCUCCCACCAAUGCUAACUCCAAGUACCAGAUACGCUUGUGGAACGAUCUGCUGCCUAAAUUCACAAAUAUAUCCAAUGCCUUCGCUUUGAGGAAUUUCAGGGCAAAUAUCACUGAUCUUCAUCUUCCUAAUGAUCAACCGUACAGGAACGCCAUGUACACACUGAUCGCAUUUGUGAUAGUGCUGUUGAUACUGUUGAUAGUGUGCGUGGUUCUACUGAAGCGUCGAGCCAAAGAGAGGGAACGAGACCUUUUUUGACAAUCAAAAGGCAGAUCUGAAGAUAAGACACCGACAGGGGAAGUGACGGGGCCGGCUGAUUCAACAGCAGCUGGCAGUAUUGUGCGAAUCCCACCUCAUGCGUGGCAGUACAAUCUAACGGCUAACAAGCUCUGACAAAAUUACAAAAUUGAAUAAAUGUACUUUGAGCUUUAAUGGUAGGCAAGAUAAUUAAUUAUUAUUAUUCAAGUACCAAAUUUACUCAUUUUUCACAAGACUUAUUGAGAGAAACAGGAAAUUAUUGACAAAUUUCCAAAUAUCCAAAAUGUCUAAACUACAAAAAAAUCUGGUGUGGUGCACUCACACAACUUUCCUUGCCGUUAUGGAAAAUGAUCCCCUGACGCUAGUGUUCCCGCGCAUCUCAAGUCUGCUAUUCAAAGAUUUGAGCCAGCUGGUGACAGGGCAAUAACGUUAAAGACACACGAGGUGUGCUAUCUCUUCAUAGUGAAUCAUUUGAUAGAAUCAACAGUUGCCAACAGUUUGCAAUUGGAUAAUCACAUUUUCUCGAACUUUGAGCUUUUUUUUAAUUUUAAGUGAAAAUGUUACUAAACAUUAGUUGUAGAGAUUCUCAUGCUGAAUCUCUUCCACUCGAAAUUUUUUGUUUAAAUUGUAUCUGAUGCCUGAUAAUUGGGAAACUAAAUUCAAACUUUGCAUAGAUGGGGCGGAGCUCCUGAAAAUUUUUAAAGAUAUGGGACUUGUGGCAGUUGAUAGAGCUUAUCAAUAACUAUUCUAGGUAUAAAUUUGAACAAAAUCGUUGGAGCCGUUCUCGAGAUAAUCGCGAAAAACACUGUUUUGACAACAUUUUCGCCAUUUUAGCCGCCAUCUUGAAUUUCAUUUGAUCGAAAUUGUUCGUGUCGGAUCCUUGUAUUGUAAGGACCUCAAGUUACAAAUUUCAAGUCAUUCCGUUGAUUGGGAGAUGAGAUAUCGUGUACACACACACACACACACACAUACAGACCAAUACCCAAAAACCACUUUUUUGGACUCAGGGGACCUUGAAACGUAUAGAAAUUUAGAAAUCGGGGUACCUUAAUUUUUCUCGGAAAGCAAUACUUUCCUUACCUAGGGAAAGGAAAGUAAAAAAUCUGUUGGGAAUGAUAGACAUGUGUUAAUUUCAUAUGAUUCAAAUGCUGAUAAAAUUAGAGAAUUAUAUUUCUUUCUUUUUUACUAGCAAAUUUUAUAAUCCAAUUUCAUUUCAAAUCUUAAAUUCUUAUCAAUCAAAUUUUGACGAAUAAUGUGAAUUUGUCAUUGUAAUUUCAAAUAAAAGAUGGCUUAUUUUAGUUGCUGUUUUAAUACAGAUAAGUCCCUAUAAUUCAUAAACUUACACUAUUUGCUGUUUAGACUUGAAAAUUCUAUAACUAAAGUAGAAGAACCUAUAAAAAUUGAAUUAAAAAAAAGAAUAAAUGAUAAGAAAUUGAACUGAAGUGAGUGUAAUACAGGCUACGCUUUUAUAUAAAUUCAUCCUGUUAUCAAUUGAGUAGACAACUAAGGAUCAGAGAAUUGCUUUGAAAUUCUGGGAUCUAAGACAGCAACUAUGCUACUGUAGUUGAAGAAAGAUAAACCUUCCCAGGUUGAAUUUCAAUUAUAUCAUGAAUUUGAAAAGCCAUUAGGAAACAUAAAAAUCUGUUAAGAAUAUUGCGAUGAGACCCUUGAAAGGUUUCCCAAAGUUUAAACACGUAGAAACCUAUCAAUAAAUUUUCAAAAAAUAUAUUUAAUCAAUAGCAUUAUAUUAGACGAUUCCUGGGUUCUUAUUCUAUUACUGGAGUUCUCCAAGACUCAAAUUAUAAUGUGAAUUACAUUGAAUUUUAGAUGUCACUCUGGAAUGUUUCAACCCUAUUAUAUUGAUAAAUUGUUUCACACAAGAUUGUGAGAAAUCAAUGAUAGGUGAGUUUGAUGAGCCAAAACCCCUAACUAUCUCAUUCUUCAGAUCUUCUUGACGAUAUAGUCUUCUAUAUUAUUCUCUUUGUAUAUUAUUUAUGUAACUAGCUGUGUGACUAUUAUAAACUUUAAAAAUUAUUUACCUAUUGUAAUAGUACUUAUAUGUAUAAUAAUAAUAAUGACAUUAAAAUGAAUCUUAAUGCUAUUUAAGAUUUGCAAAACUUUACAAAAAACCAAUGAAUAGAAUUGAAUCUAGUAUUAAUUGGAUAAUUCACUCAUUUGAUGAUAUUAAUUCAUAAAUAGGCCUAUAAUAAUUAUGUUAUAGUUCAUUGAAAAUUUUGGUAUGAAUAAUUUUUAUAUCCAUUCAAUAGCAAUUAGAGGGGUGCCUCCAAGGCCAAAAGGACGCACCCCCCCCCCGUAAAUAUACCAAAUUUAGUACUAGCCGCCCGUCUAGUAUUUAGCGGUCGUCAAUCGCUAUUUUAAAUAUUUGUAACUUUUUUUGAACCCCGAAAAAAUGUUUUGAACCCCUUCCCCCCUGUGGGCACCCCUGACAUUCAUCUAUCUAUGAAAAUAACAUAUAUGUUGCUAAUUUACCGCCUAAAAAUAUCGACGUGUUUCCAAACAUUUGUGUAGAUACUAUCAGUGCAAUCUUUCACAACAAUCAUUAAUGUUAGUAGGCUACUAUAUAAUAUUGAUGAUGACUAAAAUUUCUAUACUUCACAUUUGUAUUAUAGUGAUGAAAAUUAUUCGAUUCAGCUGGCCUAAAUUAGACUAUGUUUUUCUAAUAAUACCAUAGAUGAGAUAUUAUCUUUUGCCUAAUCUAUGAUAAAAAACUUUGGGAAACGUUAUUAUGGUAAUCUACCCACCUUAAACUCUUGUGAAUAGCUAUUAUCAUGAUCAUAAUUAAGAUUUAGAUUAAUAAUUAUAAGACUUAUCCAAAAUCGUUAAUGUAAAUUCAAACAUUAUGAACUUAUUCCAAGAUUGAAACACCAGUGUACCAGGAGUUAUACAUUUUGUUUCUUUAUUAUAAUUUUUUUGUCGUACCUUAUUUGCUAUAAGAUUGAAUAAGUUUAUCAUAAUGAAUAGAAAUUCAUUAUAUAUAGUGAGAAAUAAUUAUUUGUAACUAUGCCCACGUUAUUGUUAUUUAUUUUGUUGAUAAUAAAUAUUGAUCUUAAUUUUUAUGUUAUUUCUUUUUCACAUCAUCCUUUGUAAAGCUAUUCACAGGCUAUAAAAUGUGAGAAACUCCUCUUAAAAAUUCACGAGAAUGCCCGUUGUAAAAUAGAUUUUACAAAUAAAGC